AUGCGUACUGUACGAACCAUUGGUCGUCGGACAUGGAGCAUCGAGACUAUACUGGAGAUGUAUCAAUCAAAAGGUACCUCUAACAGUUUUCGGAACAAAAGCUGCCGCUUCCGAAACGGAAGGAGGGAAACCGCAGCGGCCACUGCUCUGGUCCUGUCGUUGAGGUCUCUAGGCAACCGGCCGGGUGGUUGGCUCGUACCGCGUGAAAGGACAGCGCGGUCAACAACGCCUCAGUCCGAGAGUUUCGACGACCGCAAAGGGAUGAUGGUCGAAUGCAAGACCUCGGAUGCGGAUGCGACGGACGACAGGACUUGUAUGAGGCUUGUAGUCGUCAGCUCAGCCGAAGUCGAGACCAAGGCCGAGACCGAGAUCGCUCGAUUGCCACGCGAUUAUCGACUUUUCGGUUGCCAUUCGAAGCUGCGGUUGGUAGUGUGUUCCUUCCUUUUGGAGCGGUGA